AAAAUCAACCUCGAGAUUCUAAAAAGUUUCGCAAUAUUUUAGAUGCGUUGAUAUAGCAUAUCCACGCAAUAACGAUGUUUCUCGUCCGAAACAUUACAAAUGUUUGUAAACAAAAGUUUAUAGCAUGCAGAAUCUUACUUCCACAAGACGGAGCUUAAAAAAUCCAAUAAUAUAAAAAGGCGGAAAUUAAAAAAUAGUUUAUCAAAUGUGAUUAGAAGUUUAUUGGGGAUAUAAAUUACUCAAAAUGAAACUUCUAAAGCCAGCGUUUGUGCAUAAUCAGGAUAAACCUAUAUUUUCGAUCGAUAUCCAUCCAAAAGAGCCGAAAUUCGUUACGGGUGGUCAAGGGAAUGAUUCUGGGUCUGUUGUAAUAUGGAAUCUUGAGCCAGUACUGUCAGAGAAAGCUGAAAUGGAUCCAAAAGUGCCCAAAAUCUUGUGCCAAAUUGACAACCAUUUGAGUUGUGUAAAUUCAGUACGAUGGUCUAUGAAUGGUCAAAUGCUUGCAUCUGGUGCCGAUGAUAAAUUAAUCAUGAUUUGGAAGAGAUUUUCAGGAUCUGGUGCGAAUUUUGGUAGUGCUGGCAUGGCAAAAAAUAUUGAGAACUGGAAGUGCACAUCAACAUUAAGAGGACAUAAUGGAGAUGUCCUAGAUCUUGCAUGGUCACCACAAGAUAGAUGGCUUGCUAGCUGUUCUAUCGAUAACUCAAUUAUUAUUUGGGAUGCACAGUCAUUUCCAACUAUUAUAGCUACUUUAAAAGGACAUACAGGACUUGUAAAAGGUGUCACGUGGGAUCCUGUUGGAAAGUUUCUUGCGACACAAAGUGAUGAUCGUUCAGUGAAAAUUUGGAAAACUUCUGAUUGGACAAUUCAAACAACAAUUACAGAGCCAUUUGAAGAAUGUGGUGGAACGACUCAUAUUUUGAGAUUAAGUUGGUCUCCAGAUGGGCAAUAUUUAGUGUCAGCUCAUGCAAUGAAUGGAGGAGGUCCCACUGCUCAAAUCAUUGAAAGAGAUGGUUGGAAAUGUGAUAAAGAUUUUGUUGGACAUCGAAAGGCUGUUACCUGCGUAAGGUUUCACAACUCAAUUUUAAAAAGACAAUCUCAAAAAACAAACAAAACACAACAGUAUUGUUGCUUAGCAAUUGGAUCAAGAGAUCGAUGUCUAUCAGUGUGGAUGACAGCUUUGCAGAGACCACUGCUUGUCAUUCGUGAUUUAUUUGAAGAUUCAAUAUUAGAUCUUUCUUGGUCUAGUGACGGAUAUAUUUUACUUGCUUGCAGUGGCGACGGAACUGUUGCAUGUCUUCAGUUUAACGAAGAUCAAUUAGGAAAACCUUUAUCACAGGACGAUAAAAAUUCUCUUUAUCAAAGAAUGUACGGAAAAGAUGCAACUGUGGACCUUUCAUCACAAGCAGAAAAGGAAAUGAUUAUUGAAAGUGCAGAAUUGCUCAACACGUCACAAGAAAAACCUCGAGGACCGCCUUCAUUGAUACCAACAUUUACAAAAGAAACAUUGCCAAUACCGAAACCUGUAAUAAUUCCACCAGUCCAAAAAGAAAUGUCUGAAUCAAUGCAGUCAAUAGAAUCAUCAUCUACGACACUUGGAGCAACUUCUACGCCUAUUAAGCCUAUUUUGAAACAAGUUGAAACUCGUAGAGCUGAUGGGAAAAGAAGGAUAACACCAAUGUUUAUUCCUUUAACAGAUACAAAUACUUCAUCAAAUACAGAAAUGGGAUCAAGUUCUCAGCCUCGCUCUCAAGUAAUAAUUGAAAAGAAUUCUGACUUAAUUUCAGAAGUUAAAACUUCAGGAAUAUCAACAUUGCCAACAACCACAUCUACAUCAGUAACUGAACCAUUAAAACUUGAUACAAGACUUGCCUUAAGAGAUACUCCUCAAAGAGCACAUGGCUCUCUUGCCUCUAUGUCUCUUAUGUCACCAGCAAUGGCUCCAAUUACGCCAAAAACUGCCGUUCCAAUUGUAAGAAUGAAUUCAGGAAAAGCAUCUCCGUUAACAGGUGGUCAAUGUGUAAAGUCAAUUGGUGAUUUUCGCAUUCAAGUCAUCAAUGAUUCAUACAAAACUGCAUUUGGAAAUCUUGGUCGAGUAGCCUGUAUGAAUAUAAAUCACCAACAGCAAAUGGAUGAUAGAAAAAUAUGGGAAAUUACAGUUGGAUCCGCGAUUUCGAGCUUUAGUGUUUGUACAAGUUAUGUUUUGGUUGGAUCCAUGGAUGGAUCAGUUAGAUUCAUUAACAUCAAGAAUGGAAGACUUGUCAUGCCUGUUUUGAAUCAAGCCAGUCCGAUUUUAUUAACUGGAUUUAGUCCAAACUCAUCGCUUGGAGGCUCUUUAACCGAAAGAGCUCAACUGUGCGUGUGGAAUGUUGACAACAUGAAAGUUCAUAUGCGAUCAUCGUGUGUUGAUAUACUUAAUGGAAAUGGCUAUGUAAACAUGUUUUAUAUAACAGACUUUGGUGUACCAUUUAUUAGCACUAGUGCUGGAAGUGCAUACAGUUAUUCACCAGAUCUACAAAGUUGGAUGAUUGUUAAUGCAAGCGAUUCACUUACACGCUGUGGAUUGCAUGGCUCGAUUACGAAUAUCAAAAAUAUGAAGGCGUAUCCUAUUGCUACUGUUCAAUACCUGUCACACUCAUUUCAACAAAAAUCUAAAAAUCCAGUCGACGCAUCUGAUGAUGCGUGGGAAGCACAUACAAAAAUUUCCUUCGCAGAGCACCAAGUUCAAUUGUGUGAGAGCGUAAAUUCACCAGUUGAAUUAAAACAUUGGUAUUCAGUGCUCGGAUAUUAUUUAGCAACAUAUGGAAGCGAGAAAAAGGUUCGACAAGUACUCGAUGAAUUAUUGGGACCAAUAUACAGUCUUCAAAGUGAUGCCGAGUUUCGUUCAAAACAUAAAAUUUUAAAUAUUGAUAAGCACGAACUCUUGCGUGAAGUUCUUACAAGUUUUCGUUCAUCAACCAAAUGGCAGCGAAUUUAUUGUGAAUACAUGGAUCAGUUAACCGAGAUGGAAGAAGUUAAAAGUGAAAACAUUAAAAUGGAUCAAACUUAAGUCAAUUGUCAUCUUAAUUCCUGUAAAUAUAAUAAAAAUACAAGACUUAGAAUAUCAAUGAGAUAUAG